AUGGCUACCCGGCGCUCAAAUCUAGCACAUGACUCCCAAGGCCUCAUACGGUUUUCGAAUCUCAAUCUCGUACCAGUCAUGGUCCGCAUAAAACACCGUUACCUUCUCGUCCAUAUUCUCUACCCAGACCCAGCAGAUCCACCGAAAGGAAAGAUUCCCUCCAAAUCCCCAGAAAAAGCACUCCCAGACCUCGUCCAAUUCCACAGGCCAAGCCCCAACGACCUGACACCCCAGCUCCUCGCGCGGACAAUCAGAGACCAGGUCCUAUUACUAUACGGAGACUAUGGGCUCGGUCUCGUAUCUAGCAGUCUAAACGUCAAAUACCUCUCCCCCGCAACCUCCACCGCCAUAGUCCGCUGCUCUCGCGCACACUACCGACUCGUGUGGGCCGCUCUGUCCUUCAUGACACAGCUAACAAAGACGUCUAAACAGGGGCAACCGAGAGCCUGCGCGAUACAGGUGGUCAGGGUGUCUGGUACGAUCAAGAAGGCUGAGGAGGAAGCUAUCAGGAGGGCUAGAGCUGCGAUACUGCGGGCGAAAAGGGAGAGCGGUGAGAGUAGUACGGAUGGGCUCUUGGGGAUACUGGGGAAAGAUGACGAAGGGGUGUUGCAGGGUGAGAAAAAUAUGACGGCUGGAUCAGAUGUUUCAGACGAGGAUGAUGAGAUGGGAAUGGGAUCCGACGGAGAAAGCUGA